AUGGACCCCGUAUCUGCCGCAGCAAGUGUCAUUGGUGUCGUCCAGCUGGCAGCGACCAUUGCCAAACUGUGUGGAGCAUAUAUCGGCAAAGUCAAGGAUGCGAAGCAAGAUAUUCUCCGCCUUAGAGAUGAAUUUAACGCGCUUCUAAAUAUACUUACCACGUUGCACGAUUUUAUGUCUGGGCCAGACAGCGCAGAAUCCAUCGUUCAUGACGAGCUACUCGCAAACAUCGCAAGAUGCUUUACGACGCUCUCUGGGUUCGAAAAGAAGCUGGAUCUGAAAACCACGCAGAGCGCUAUUAGGAGGAAGCUUCACCUUCUCAAGUGGCCUCUUGAGCAGGAGGAGGUGGACAGGGUUAUCGAACAAAUUGAAAGGAAGACUAUGCGCAUCCUUGACAGGAAGCUAGACUUUGGGAUCUUACGCACGGCGAAAGGCGCCGCAUUCGAUUCGUACGACAAUUUGCAUAAUGAGUGUCUUCCAGGAACACGAGUCGAGUUACUCGGCGAGAUUGAAAGAUGGGCAACAUCGGAGGAUGGGAAAUGUAUCUUCUGGCUGAACGGCAUGGCAGGAACUGGAAAGUCAACAAUUUCCCGCACGAUUGCAAGCCGCCUAAAACGGCAGGAGCUACUCGGAGCCAGCUUCUUCUUCAAAAAGGGCGAGGAAGACCGCGGGACUGCCAAAAAACUGUUCCCAACGCUUGUGGAGCAGUUGGCUGUCGGUUUGCCAGACAUGGUUCCAGGUGUCCAAGCUGCAAUCAAGGACGAUCCCAAUAUUUCGGAAAAGGUGCUCAGGGAGCAAUUCGAGAAGCUUUUCCUCCAUCCACUGCUUGAAAUUGGCCUCGACCGGACAAAGACCGUCACAAAGGUGAUCGUAAUCGAUGCACUAGAUGAGUGCGACCAGGAAGAAAAUAUACGACAUCUUCUCCGACUCUUGCCGCGGGUUCAUCAAUCAAAUUCGGUGAAAAUCCGAUUCUUGCUGACCAGCAGACCUGAGUUACCAAUCAGAUUAGGAUUUAGCAGCAUUUCUACUGAUGAGCACCAAGAUCUGGUCCUACAUGAAGUCCCAGAACCAGUGGUUAGGCAUGAUAUCUCUUUGUACUUUGAGAACCAAUUCAUGCGACUGAGACAGGAACGCUCACUUCCACCGGACUGGCCUGGUGAAGAGGCUACCCGAGCUUUGAUUGAGAAAGCUAUCCCACUGUUCAUUUCAGCAUUUACCCUGUGUCUAUAUAUUGGUGAUGAUAAUUGGGUCCCGGAAAAACGACUCAGGGCAAUCCUUGCUGACGAAACCACGUACCUCUCUAAAAUGGAUGGCAUAUACCAGCCAGUGCUACAUCAACUCCUUACUGGCCAAGAGAAAUCCGAGUCACAGCAAUUGGUUCGAGAAUUCAAAGAGAUAAUUGGUGUUAUCAUCCUCCUUGCUACUCCUCUCUCUGUUAAUAGUCUUUCUCGACUUCUUGAAAUGAGCAAAGGUGACAUUAACAAUCGACUACGACGCCUUCAUUCAGUCUUGAACAUACCAAAUGAUACAGCGAAGCCCGUGAGGCUUCUCCAUCUAUCAUUCAGAGAUUGGCUUCUGGAUGCCACAAAAGAGAACGGUACAUUCUGGAUCGACGAGAAAAAAGUCCAUCGAGAUCUCACUAUACUAUGUUUACAAACUAUGGAGCAGAGUUUGAGAAAGAACAUCUGCAAUCUCCCAGGCUAUGGCACACUGCUUACCGAGAUCGAUGUGCAGUCUAUGGAUCACUAUUUGCCAUCAGAUUUGCGUUACUCUUGCCGCUACUGGGUACACCAUUUAGUCCAUACUAAGGAGCCAGCCGCCGACAUAGCUCGGGCCUUUGAUUUCCUCGAGGUACAUUUUCUUCACUGGAUGGAAGUCAUGAGCAUUCUGGGCUUUUUAUCUGAAGCUAUUUCAAUGCUUGCGUUAUUACACUCUGUCGUACAGAAUCCUGAGAUGUCCGCCAACAUGCAUGAUAUGAGACGUUUCUUUCUUCGGAGUAGGCAUAUUGCUGGCGUCGCGCCGCUUCAGCUAUACUCAUCUAGUCUCCUUUUUUCACCAGAACUGUCUUUCGUAAGAAGAACCUUUAGCAGGGGGCUCCCAGAUUGGUUUCUCAGGCCACUGAAAAUCAGGCAAACCUGGACUGCAGAGAUCCAGACUCUGGAAGACCACUCCGACUUGGUUAGCGCAGUGGCAUUUUCACCAGAUAGUAAGCUUUGGGAUACUACCACUGGAGCCCUACAACAGACCUUAGAAGGUCAUUCAAGAUUGGUAAUCGCUGUUGAAUUUUCACCCGAUGGUCAAUUACUAGUGUCCGGCUCUGACGAUCAUAUAAUUAAUGUCUGGGAUAUAUCCACAGGGGCCCUGCAGCACAGUCAUAAUGACUAUGUUAAAAGGAUUAUGGAAAUGAGUAUCUCGCCCAACGGUCAUUUAAUAGCAUCUGGUACCAAGCAUGGUACAGUCUGGCUUUGGGAUGCCAAUACCAGAGCUAUGAGACAAACGCUCGAAAGCCAUACGGAUGAAAUACAUUCUUUAUCAUUCUCACCAGAUGGCCAAUUGUUGGCAUCAGGUUCCUGCGACGAGACGAUUAAGUUAUGGAAUACUAGUACUGGAACCUUGAAAGAUACUUUGAAAGGUCAUGUCGAUUGGGUUCAGGCCGUUGCAUUCUCACCAAACGGCACUUUACUCGCGUCGGGCUGCAGAGACGGCACCAUAAAUCUCUGGGGCGCCGCUACCUUAUCUUUGAGGCAAAUGAUAGAUACAAAAGGGUAUCUCCAACAGACGGCAAACUAUCGGGGUCACUCCGCUGCAGCGGUGGCGUUUUCACCAAAUAGUCGAGUUCUAGCGUCUAGUUCUGCGGAUUGUAUACUUAUGAUUUGGGAUGUUACGACCGGUGCCUUACUACAAGUUCUAGAGGGCCAUAUGACUAGAGCUUGGGCAGUGAGGUUCUCACAAGAUGGUCAAAUGCUAGCUUCAGGUUCUUAUGAUGGAACCGCCAAGCUCUGGGAUAUCAGUGCUGGGUCCUCACGGACAAACAUGCAACUGACCUCACCACCAGCAGCAGAGAUUACAGCAGAAACAGAAAUUCCAACAGGCCACUUUGGCAGAAUUGACACAAUGAAAUUCUCACCAAAUGGCCAAGUACUGGUAACCGGUUCUAUUGAUUGCAUGGCCAAAAUUUGGGAUGUCACUACUGGAGCUUUGCUGAGGACUUUACGAGGCCAUCAAGGUUGGGUCCAGGACAUUGCAUUCUUACCCAACGGCCAAUUACUAGCGACCGGUUCUCUUGAUUGCACGGUCAAACUUUGGAGUGUCUCUACGGGAGCUUUGCUGAGGACAUUGCGAGGUCAUCAAGGCGGGCUCAGGUACACUUUGUUUUCACCAAAUGGCCAAUUAUUGGCAACUAGCGCAAGAGACAAUAUCUGGGACACUGCUUCUGGAAUUCUGAACCAACAUCUCAAAGUACAAGAAAUGGUUACUGAAUUAAACUUUUCGCCCCACGACGCGUGUCUGGAAACCAACCUAGGCAGUCUCAAUAUUCAGUCUCAGUAUGAGAAUGAUCAUCCUGGUACAGCUCUUGCCAAGGACAAGAGAAUAUCACUAGAAGAGAACUGGGUGGUUCUUGAUGGCGUUAAGCUUCUAUGGCUGCCUUUGGAGUAUCGGCCAUAUCGCUGGGCCGCUUCUGGCUGCACCGUCGCGCUUGGGUAUGGCUCUGGGGCGGUCUCUUUUAUGGAGUUCCGCCCAGGCUUGCAGCCGUUGUCUGCACCGACUGCCGACCUGUCAAGUGAACCAUUAUCGGAUAGCGCGUAG